UUGGAAACAUCGAAAUCAAAUAUAACAGUGCUGCGCAAAGAAGUAACGAGUAAAUUCGGAUUGCUGGCAAAUUCGAUCUAAUAUGUUGUCAACACGACAAAGACUCGCACGAUAAAGAAUAAUAAAAAGAAAACAACAAAUAGUGUUGAAGACAUUUGAUGUGUUUUUUAAUCAAUAUGCUGUGGCAGUUAUAUUCUGAUUAGAUUGUGUGCUGAUAUAAUUUUAAACUCUCUCUUUCUUCGCUGCAAUCCUUUACAAUCUGAUAUUAUGGAGAAGCAGUACGAAUAUCCGAAUAUCGACAAUUCCUCUGACUCCGACGAGAAAUCAUCGUCUCGCUUUAUACCGAGGCGUGUUUUGGAGACAUCCGUCAAGCAGGCUUCACCAAGUUGGAUAGAUCACGUUAGAAACAAUGGAGACCAGGUGUUAGUAGAUGAUGAUACACGCAUAAAUGUUACGAAAUGUAACUAUUUAUUUAAAACCGAAACAAUGAACUUAUCAGGAUCGUCUACUACGGAACUAUCUCCUACAGAAUUGGACGCUACUGACAUCGCGCGAUCGAAUAGAUCAAAAUCCGCACUAGAACUACUUCAAUAUUUGCAAGAAUGUAUUCAGAAGAUUGAUAGUGAAUUGAAAAACAACGAGGAACCUAAGGAAUCAUUGGACAUGGCAAUGAACACGAUCUCAAAUUAUAUUAGCAAAUUAGACACUUUACGUAUUCAAAAAUUGGCGAAAAAAUGGUUAGAAAUACGCAAUAAUUUCAUAUAUGGUAGACGAAACUUUCGAAAACGCAAUUCAGAUAGUACGACCAAUAGCAGCAAAAGCGGCGAAGAAUCGAAAGAUUAUCAAAAUAAGGAAAAAGAAAAUCGUGAGAUGAGUCAGAAGAUCGAUGAAUUAUCGUCAUUUAGAUUUACAGACGCUUUAGUGAAAAAUUUGGAAGUUGGAAAAUCUAUAGAUUCAAUGACAAAUAUUCACGAUAUUGCAUAUAUUCCAUCUACAUCUAUAACAGACGAUCAACCGGAAACUACAGAUAAUAAGGAAUAUUUGGACCCUGUGAAUUCUGCAGAAUUGAUAUCAACACCAAAAUACGCACUCGAGUUAAAAUCUCAAUCUUCGCAAAAAUGCAUUCAGAAGAUUGAAAGUGACAAUAAAUCGAAAAACUAUGAGGGUUCAUACUCUAUGGAGUCAUCUCCUGCAGAAUUAUCCUGCAUGGAUCAAUUGAAAGCGUCAAACUGUAUUUGCGAACAAAUGUCAAAAAAGAUAGAUAUAUGCCACGGGUACAAUGAAUUAUUAUUAUUAAUAUUUGAGGCAGAUCUCUAUACAAAUUAUAAGUUACAAAUCCCUCGAGAAAACAAUUCAGACAGUACGACAGAGACAUCCAUCGAGCAGGCUUCAUCAAAUCGAACAGAUUACAUUAGAAACAAUGGAGACCAGGUGUUAGCAGACGACGAUUGCGAUUAA